UGUGAUGCAAAAGAGAAUGCCUCAGAUAUCUCCUGCUUCCAGCUGAAUGACUCCUCCUAUGACAGCCUGGAAAGUGAGCUGAAUGAAGAAGUCGAUGCUCCAUGCAGUGACUUAGUAAAGAAACUCGGUCCAGGCAGCAGAAGCAUGGACUCCGUGUUAACCCACAUUGACUCUGACCUCGAGCAGCCUGAGGCAGAAGGCGUUUUAACCUUGAGUGAGUUUGACUUAGACCAUCCUAAAGAUGAAGAUGUCCAUGUGGAACAGCCCGGUGAGCCCGUGCCAGUGGCCAUGGCAGCAGUGCACAGAAAGGCCUCACUGCAGGACCAGGCCAGUGCCCCCUCUGACACAAGCACCCCCAGCUACCUGUCCGCAGCUACAGAAGAUGCUCCAAAAACCCCGAUGCAACAGCGACACUGCUCGGAGCCCAGCAUCGGCUACCUGGGUUCAAAGCUUUCCUUUCUUAUGGCGUUUUAUCAGAAAAGGAUACGCAGGUCCAGCUAUGAUGCGAUUCUCCUGAAAAAAGAUGAGAACCAUCUGAGUCAGAAUCCACCCCUCCAGGAAGAGGGUAAGACAGGUUUUAAAACGAGUUUAGUCACAGAUACUGAUGUCAAGAAAAAUGCCACUGAUAAAAAUCAUAAGGAGAAAAGCUUUUGUGAUAGCGAAGGAAAUCAUGUAAAGCUUUUUCCUAAAUCCAAGCCAGGGACCAUUUCUUACAGCCGCCUGUCCUCACACGAUCGUCCCAGGAACCAGCCCUUCACUGCGGACAUGGCUGGGUACUCCCCACCACGCACAGCAGAGCCCCUCAAGGGCUCAAGGAGGCAGCAGCGCUGCUCAGAGCCCAGCACUGAUGACCAGCACUGCAAACUGACCUAUCUCAGGGGACUUUAUUCAAAAAAGCAGCAGCACAACGCGAGCUGUGACACCAGUCUCUUGCCCGGAGAGGAGGAUAAUCUCAAGAGGCACAAGUCUUUGCAGAUGGAGGGGCAAAAGCUUAUCAGUCAGAGCUUGGUCAUGGGGAUCGAGGUUGGCAAGAGUGGUGCCGCAAACCAGAACACUGAGAAGGUCUUCCCCUCAACAUUAAACAUUUGCCCGAGGAGUAGCUGUUCCAGCUUGUCCUCCCCAGACACGUCCCCAUCUGGCUCGCCAGUGAGCUCCCAAGACAGCGCUUUUCCUCAGAUUUCUGAACAGUCGGUGUUUACACCCACUGAAACAUCCUCUCCAGUAGAUUGCACUUUUCAAGCUCAAGGAAAACAGGAAGAGCUUUCUUCUGACUUUAGCAGUUCCAGCCUCAUUUCUGGAAUUCCCAGUCCCUCAUCAGGGCAGGCCAGCAGCCACCUGGCUCAUACAAAAAAGGACAGCCUAGAGGGGCAUUCACAAAUGCAUUCUAUAACUCUUCACCCCAGCACAUGGUUGAGAAAUGGUAUAGCCAGUUUGAAAAAUUGGUCCCUCAAAAAGAAGGCAAGGGUACCGAGACUAGAAAACAAUAAAACAGGUUCUCUAAAAGGACCCAUGGAGCCACCUCCAUUUGCUUCUGGCAUUCCAGAAGCCAGCACACUGCAAGAGAGACAGACAGACAUUCCCCAAAGGGCAGCUGAAGGACUUGGAGCUGUGCAAACAGCCCAGUGCUGCAGUCCUUACCCCAGCCAGGACUCGGAGAAGGAUGGUAGCUCUCCAUCCAGCCUGGCGGGAGAUGGACUUGAGCUUUGUAUGAAGUCCCCUGAGGAAGGAGAGAAGGAUGAGCAGUGUUCUGGUACUCUGCCUCUAGAAGGAUCCUCACCCAGCUCUUUGACAGUGGAUGACAUGUCCAGCCCAGACUCAGGGCCAACAGUGGUUUCUGAUGCUGAGGACACGCAUUCAAUCCAAAGACAUUUAACCACAAUCAGAAUCUAA